AUGAAGCGAACUAACCCAGAAUCAAGACCUUCGUUCGGUCAAAAUCAGGCAACUAAUGACGACCAAGACAACCAGAACAACCAGCAGGACAUCCAAGCCUCCAUCCAGACCUUCCGAGCUGCAGCUGCCUCCAAGAGGAACCGGACUCACAACACACCAGCAAGCUCAAUCGAAGUAGGCCUACCACCAACAACCACCCUCCCCAACACAUUCAAUCCGGUCAAGACCCAGCGACCUACCGCCUUUGUUCUCGGAAUUUCCACCGAUCAUCCGCCCAUCUCAACCAUGCCUCAAAUCAAGUCGAUCUUCGAAAUAAGUAAAAUCUCGAUCAGAAAUUUAAGGAAAACACAAGACCCCUGCGAUACCCCACUGGAUGGCAUUCAUCAGAAUGCGCUCUCCAACCUGCGCAAUGCCCUUGACGACAUCCUCCAUGUUCCGCCCAAAGCUACGGCGACGAGUCUUACCACUCUAUCAGGGGCCUGUCAAGCGCUCGUGCUUGCUGGACCGAGGUGCUGUGAAAGUCUUUACGAGCAAGUCAAACAUCAACUAGAGAACAAGACUCUCGAGAUCAGAAACCAUCUGUUGGACGGCGUGCCCACCGACCCAGUCGUCGACUCCUUGCUCUCCUCCAACUCUGUCGAUAUCAUGGCGGCUAUCGCACUCUUCGAUCAGCCCCGUUGUCACUCUUGGUUGGAAAAAGCUCACGCCGUGUGGCUCGAUUGGUACAACCAAUUACGUCUCAUCCGAAGUAUGCUCGUUCAUCUCGAUCGCUUCAUUCUCGCUCGAUCUCAAGACAUGCUCCCCAUCUGGGAACUUGGUUUGGAUUUGUUCCGCAAGAACGUGAUUGGACGACCAUGGAAUCCAAUUUCCCUUUCGCUAUCAGUUGUCAUUUGUCAGCAGAUCACUCUUGAACGAACAGGCCAGACGAUUCCGCUUGUGCUUCUUCAGUCGUUGACUCAGCUGGUGUUUACGGCCUUCGGGGCUACGGGAUUUUCCAGUCUGAUCGGCUCGUCUCUGGAACAAACAACCGAGUUCUUCUACUGUCAGGAAGGCAAGCGACUGACCCAUGACGUCGAAUCGAACGUCUUGAGCGUUGGCGGACCGAUGGGAUACUUGAACCACAUCAAGAACCGACUUGAGUCGGAGGUCGAGCUAUUCAACAGGGUCUUUACCACUCCCGACCGAACCCUGAAUAGCCAACUCCUCAAGAGCGUCCUUCAGCUGGUCGAGUCAAAUUUGAUCCUUGUUCAUCUCGACACCUUACUCGCCCAUGGGCUUGUCAGGCUCCUGGAAAGCUUCCCUGACCCGGCCGCGGCUACUUCGCUGGGAACGUUCUACAAGCUGUUGACCAGACUCGGCGAGCGACCAUUGCAACAACUCCGGACAAGUUUUUCGCAGUGGAUCAAGCUGACGGGGGCAACACUGGUUGAAAAAGCCAGCGGGGGCGAGGAGGCGGAGGCGAAACGAGACGCGGGGAUGGUCGAACGACUGAUCGAGUUUAAGACCAAGCUGGACCGGAUCGUUGUCGACUGCUUCGCGGAAGAUCGAGAGAUGUUCUAUGCGAUCAAGGAGGCAUUCGAGAAGUUCAUCAACGAACGUCGCAAUAAACCCGCCGAACUUCUGGCCAAGUUUCUCGACCAGAAGAUGCGAACAGCUAGUCGGUCGAUGAAUGAGGCGGAAAUCGAUACCUGUCUCAAUCAUGUCCUCGUCCUCUUUCGUUACUCUCAGGCUAAGGAUAUUUUCGAAGAGUUCUAUAAACGCGACCUCGCUAAGCGGCUUUUAUUGUCCAAGUCUAGCUCAAUUGAUCUGGAACGGAACAUGGUGAUGAAGCUGAAAAAAGAAUGUGGGCCAGGUUUUACGGCGAAGUUAGAAGUAAUGUUCCGGGAUUUAGAGACGUCGAGUGAUUUGAACGGCUUGUAUGAGAAGGUGGAGGCGGAAGCCAUGCGGCAAGAAGGCGGCGAUGACGACGGAGUAGAGCUGACGGUGACAGUAUUGACGUCAGGGAGCUGGCCGAUGAGCCAGUCAAACGAGCCGAAAUUCCUACUGCCCACCCGUUUACAUUCCCACCUGACCCGGUUCGAGAGGUUUUAUGCGUCUAAACAUCUCGGUAGACGCUUGUCUUGGGCCCACUCAUUGGGCCAGGUUGUCCUUGCUGCCAAUUUUCCCAGCACACCCCAACCUCUCGCCAAACCCACUCGUAAGGAACUCACCGUCUCGACUAUCCAGGCUUUGGUCCUCAUGCUUUUCAACGACGACCCCGAUGACGAAUCUAUUGAUUUUCAAUCUGUUGUUCAAAGAACUGGAAUCGAUGAGAAGACGGCAGCUAGGACUUUGCAGUCUUUGGCGUGCGGAAAAGUUCGGGUGUUGGUGAAGACUCCCAAGUCCAAAGAGGUCUCGAAUACCGACCGAUUCGUGUUUAAUGCAAACUUUAAGGACGAGCAUUUCAAGAUCAAGAUCAACCAGAUCCAAUCCAAAGAGACUGUCGAAGAAAGAAGUUCGACACGGGAAAAAGUAGUCACUGACCGCUCGACAUUGAUCCAAUUAUCGAUUGUCAGGAUCAUGAAAGCUCGCAAAAAGUCUAAGUUUAAUCCGUUGGUCUUUGAAGUAGUCGAGCACUUGAAGAGCAGGUUUCAGGUCGACGUCAAGGAUGUCAAAUUGGCUAUCGAAAACCUUAUUUCCAGAGAUUAUUUGGAGAGAGUCAGUGUCGAUGAAUUCCAAUAUUUAGCCUAA